AUGGCCCACUACCAUACAGUCAGAAAAAGGCUGCUAGUUUUUGAAAAUAAAAUAUUGAGGAAGAUUUGUGGUCCAGUGUUUGAUAGUGAGCUAAAUAAUUGGCGUAGAAGAAAAAAUACUGAACUAAGAGGUAUCACUGAAGUUCCACUAUUAACAAGCCACAUUAAGUGUCAAAGACUCAAAUGGUUUGGUCAUACCAUGCGGAAAACAGAAACCACUAAUACGAGAGCAGUGAUGGAGUGGCAACCGACAGGGAAAAGACCAAGAGGGAGGCCUAGAUGGAUGGAUGGAAUAAGGAAGGACUUAGAAACAUUGGAAGUGACAAAUUGGGAAGAUGGAGUUCAGGAUCGUGAUUAUUGGAGAACGGUGACGGUGGCGGCCAAAAUUCUUAAAGAAUUGUAA